UAAUAUUAAUAUUACAACAAAAAUAACUUUAUAUAUAAAUAUCAAUUAUUAUUGAAGAAAACUAAUAAAUUAUAUAAUACUAACUAAAACAAUAAUAAUAAUAAUAAUGAAUUUUUUAACAAUUAUUUCAACUAUACUACUAAUUCUAGUCUUUAUCUAUAGUUCAUUAUCAUCAUCAGCAUCGCCAGAUGACCUAUUAUUGAAAACCUAUAAACUAAUAGAACGUGUGGAUUAUGAUUUGAAUCUGUUUGAGGAUAAUCCCGAAAUUAGUCGCCAAGAUCUGGCCACACUUAGCGGCUACGAGUCCGACCUCCGGUAUCUUUAUGCCCGAUUGUCUAAAGCAUCGACUAUUGAUGAAAUUUCAGAAAUUACUGUCCAAUUAAAUCAAUUGAUCGAUACAGUUGUUAAACUAUUGGACGGUUUAGAGCAAAUAGAGUGGCCAACAACAACAACAACUACCCGUCGACCAUCAACUACUACAACAUUAAGCACCGGUAGUACUACUGUGGGUCCAGGUAGAAAAUUUUGUAAGGCUACUGGCCAAUUUAUGGACACCUACAGUAGAUUGGUUAAACGUAUUGAUGAUAAAAUCAUUGUAUGGACACGUGAUGGCAAACAGGAUCGGGUAAUAGCCGUACGGGAAAAACGUGAACGUCUAGUAUUGUUGGUUAAUACAUUGAUUGAUUAUGUUCAAGCUAACAAUCGAUUGGUCGAUCAAAUUGAGCUAGCUGAACUAACUAUCGAAAAGGAGCUUGAUAAAUAAAUAAAUGUUUUAAUUUAUAAUAAUAAUGUUAAGUUAAUUAAAGUUAAUUAAAUCAUAAGCAAAAAUUUUGU